AGAUAUAUAUUUAUUUUCCAUGUCUAGUUGUAAAAUAACAAUAUCAAUAGACAAACAACAUAAGAUAAUUGCCGAGUAAACAUAUGACAAACGCAUGUAUUAAAUUCCUGUCACUUACGCAAGGUGACAAACCAGACAUACGUUGAAUUUAAUUGAGUACAUCUUCCAAGAUAACCUUGUUAUUUAAAAAAACUAUCGCCAUAUAAAAAAACACUAAUUUUUAUUCUUCAGUCUCUGACUCAGGUCAUCAACAUUUCAACCAUCGUCUGUUUCUUCUUCUUAUUCAUCACCAUAAAUAUAAAUAUUUAUAUAAUAACUACAUACUUAAAAUUAAAACUACAACACAUCUAUAAGAUUAUAAAAAAUAUAUAAUAAAUAUCAAGUACUCCAUAUCCAAUUAUUUCAAACAAACUUGUUAAACGUCAGCGCACGAACCUGUCAUAUUAAUAUCACGAUGACUAUGACCGGAGGCGACCUCCGGGAUACGGAAACAUAAAAUAAGUAGCUCUUCCUUGAGGUAGACCUUGUCAUAUUCCAAAGCUGCAAGGUGGUGAGUCUGUCGUGACAUGGAUAAAGGUGGAAGGGUGAUAACGCGGGGAAGUAACGAGUCCAGUGGCCUGAAGGUUGAUGGAGACCAUGACCAACAAACUGAUGACGUUUAUGAUCCAUUUGCAGCACGAAUUAUAAAACAGCCUAAUUCGGACUUGGUGGUGUUCAUGCACCUGCUGAAGGCCUCGAUUGGCAGCGGCAUACUUUUUCUUCCACACGCGUUCAGGCGAGCCGGGUAUGCAACGGCCUUAGUUUCCAGCGUGGUGAUCGGACUGAUAAGCUGCUACACCGCUGUCCUCACAGUGCAGUGUUCACAUAUUCUUUGUAAACGGUUUAAAAAACCAUCGAUGGAUCUCGCUGAAAUAGUAUCCUCGUCAUUUGCACUUGGACCAAAAAGAAUUCGAAAGUACACAGUUCACUUCAAUGUCAUUACAAAUAUACUUAUAUGUUUCAUUCAAUAUGAAACAGUUAUUAUAUACUCGAUAUAUGUCGCUACCUCAACACAACAGAUAAUUGAAAAUUUCGUAGAUACAUCAAUCAACAUUCGUAUCUACAUAAUAAUAUUUUUGCCGAUUUAUUGUAUCCUCGCAUUGAUGCCAAAUUUUAAAUACCUCAUGCCUUUCUCCAUUUUGGGAGCAAUAUUUCUAGGACUAGGAUUUACAAUAACGCUUUAUUAUUUCUUCGAAGAUUUCAAAUCACCUGGACGGCUAGAAAUCUUUACUAAUAUUACCUCAGUACCUAUUUUCAGUAGCAUUUUUUUAUUUGCCGUUCAUAAUAUGACGAUGAUAAUGCCCCUAGAAAACAGUAUGAAAAAUCCAAAAAAUAUGCCGCGGAUAUUAACGUUGAGUAUGAUGUUAAAUAUGUUUAUUUAUAUGGCAUUCGGAUUUUUUGGAUAUAAUAAGUAUCAAGAUGCAUGCGAUACAGUCAUUAAAAACUUACCAUUUAAUCGAGUCGCGUCAAACCUCGUUAAAAUAGUUGUAACAUUGUCCGUGAUUUGUACAUAUGGCCUUCAUUAUUAUGUGCCAGUGACUAUUCUAUGGCCAAUAAUAAUUAAAAAAUCUGAAGCGAUAAUAGGAAAUCAUGCUAAAAUGUAUGAAAUUCUAUUCAAAUUAUGUGGUGUAACUGUUUCAACAUUGCUUGCUGCUGCAAUUCCACAAAUGGUACCGGUACUUGGAUUAUUGACAGCUUUCAGUAUGACAUCUACAAUGUUAUUAAUGCCUAUUGUAAUUGAAAUAAUGACCAAGUGGUACGACAAAACGCCAUUUAUUUAUUUGUUUUUGCGUUGGACUAAAAAUGUUAUUAUUAUUACAAUGUGGCUCUUGCUGUUUAUAUUUGGAGCAGUGGAAAAUUUACGUGACAUUAUAAAAACCUUUAAAGAAGAAACAAAAAAUGAUUUAUGUUAAAUAAAUUUAAGAUAAAUACCAAUAAUUAGAAAGUUAUAUCAAAUCACUUCAAUGAAAUUUCUUUUUAUUAAUCUCCCCACUUCUGAUUUACCAGAAAAAAAAAAAUAAACAUCAACAAAAAAUAAUUAAUUAUUUGUAUUGUUAAAUAUUAAAAGUAAGUUAAAAAAAAAAAUCACAACCGCAAGAUAAUACCGAGUCACGUGUAUUCUAGUGAAAAAAAGUGAAAGGACGAACGAGAUCGAGAAUGCAGACACUGACGGGGAUUUUAAAACCUAGGAAUAUUAUAACCAGGACAAAAACAAUCGGGGAGAGAAAACUAUAGAUCGAAUCGAACCUCUAAUGUAAGCAAUAUAAUGUAAUGUAACCAGAUAAGUGGCGAAGAAGUAAGAGGAGUAAGAGCUGAAGGAGGAAUAAAUUGGAGGUGGUAGAAGAGAUGAAGGUGGCAGUUGUUGUUUAUAGCUAAAUAAGAAGUGGUGGUCGUAUUUACGACAAGAGAAAGGGAGAGACAAAGUGUGAACGCAUAACAGAAGUUAAUCGUAGUUAACGGGUUCAUAAGUACGGACGGAUUCUAUUACCUGUCCUCUUUAAUUUAACUUAUAAUUUAAUAUUUAACCACAACUUUUAGUUUCAUUACUUCUUCCUCUUUAAAUUUUAUUUUUUUUCCCUUCUUAACAUAUAUCGUAAUAUAUACAUAUCUAUAAUACAAUAGAAAUUAACAACACCUUGAGGACAGUUUAAAGUUUCCCCCACGAGUUAUUUCUUCGUUUCAUACUGAUGACUUACCAACAACGCGAACGACCCUCACGUGUAUUAACAUCAUCAUCAUCAUCAUCAUCCACAUCCACUAUAUAUAUUACUGCUUGAUACCACGAGACACUUGAGUUACAAUUUGUCUCUCGAACAAUCCACAUUCAUUGUUUUUUUUAUAUAAAGAAGAGUACAAUUAAUUGUUUAAUAAAAUAUAAAAAUGAAUUUGAAAAUUUAAUUUUAUGUAAAAAGUGAAUUUUGUUUAUUUGUUUACAAUAAAUAAUAAUCAAAUUUAAGUGAA